AGUUUUGGAGAGAGAAUCUAAACCAAAUUCUCUUUUUUGUGUCAGUUUCAGAUUCCAUUUAACAUUUGGUGCCCACAAAAACAAAAACAAACAAACCAGCCUCAAUCACCCACAUUGUACCAACUAACAGUCUCACACGCCUCUCUCUCCUCUCUUUCUAUCUCCUCCUUUGUUGUGCGAGACUGAUGAUGGGUAAGCAGAGCAUAGAUGCUCCACUUUUGGCCACUGAUUAUGGGUUGGCCAACAAGAAGCGCUGGAGCAGAGCUCUGUUCUUCCUCCUUCCUUUCAUUGCCACCAUCGCAUUUGUUGGCCUUGCACUAGGAGGCGAUUUAAGUUUCUGGGAAUUGAGAGGAGAGAACAAGUACGAUGAGAAGAUACGGGUUGGAGAUUCUGAAAUUGUUGAGUCAGAGAACGCAGUUGUUGCUGCUGAUGAUGGUCGUUGCUCUGAAAUCGGUGCAUCCAUGCUUAGAUGGGGUGGGCAUGCUGUUGAUGCUGCAGUGGCAACCGCUUUGUGUGUUGGUGUCAUCAAUCCAAUGGCAAGCGGAAUAGGAGGUGGAGCGUUCAUGCUCAUUCGAUCUUCUUCAUCAUCACAUGCAGAUGCAUUUGACAUGAGGGAAACUGCUCCCUUAGCUGCCUCACAGGACAUGUAUGCGAACAAUUCCAAGGCCAAGUAUGUGGGUCCACUGUCCGCUGGCGUUCCAGGCGAGAUAGCUGGCCUUCAUGAAGCUUGGUUGAAAUAUGGGAGAUUGUCUUGGAGGACUUUAUUCCAACCCUCAAUAAAACUCGCUAAAGAUGGCUUUGUUGUUGCUCCAUAUCUUGGAUUAUCCAUUUCUCACAAUGCAAAACUCAUCUUCGCUGACCCCGGGUUACAACAAGUGUUUGCGCCAAAUGGGAAAUUGUUACAAGCCGGUGAUAUAUGCUAUAAUGUGCAGCUUGGCCAUAGCUUGGAGGCAGUGGCGGAACAAGGACCACAAGCAUUAUAUAACGGAACGAUUGGUGAAAAGUUAGUCAAAGAUGUGAGAGAUGCUGGUGGUAUUUUGACAAUGGAAGACUUGAGGAACUACGAAGUGGAUGUAAUGGAUGCACUUUCUGUGAAUGCAAUGGGCUACAACAUCUUAGGAAUGCCACCUCCGUCAAGUGGAACGCUUGGGCUUUCUCUGAUUCUAAACAUAUUGGAUAGCUAUGGAAAUUCCAAUGCGGCGAAGGGAUCUCUUGGUCUACAUCGCCUGAUCGAAGCUUUGAAACACAUGUUUGCUAUCCGGAUGGACCUAGGUGACCCCAAUUUUGUAAAUAUCAGUAAUACCAUAUCCAAAAUGCUUUCUCCUUCUUAUGCGAAGAAACUUCAGCAAAAGAUAUUUGACAACACAACUUUUCCUUCAGAAUACUAUAUGUACAGAUGGAGUCAGCUUCAAGAUCACGGAACCACCCAUUUCUGCAUUGUAGAUGCAGAUCGAAAUGCUGUAUCAAUGACCACAACAAUAAAUUAUGGUUUUGGAGCAGGGUUUCUCUCACUAUCUACUGGUAUUGUUCUUAAUAAUGAGAUGGGUGACUUCUCGACGCCUACUGAAAUAUCGCCUGACCAACUCCCCCCUGCUCCAGCUAAUUUUAUCAGACCAAACAAACGGCCCUUAUCCUCUAUGACCCCGAUCAUUGUUCUAAAGGAUAAUCAGCUAGCCGGGGUAGUUGGCGGAGGUGGCGGUAUGUAUAUAAUUCCGGCGGUGGUUCAGGUUUUCAUUAACCAUUUUAUCUUGGGGAUGGAACCUUUGGAAGCUGUUCAGAAUCCAAGAGUCUACCACAAGCUCAUCCCAAAUGUAGUUUUGUAUGAAAACUGGACUGUGAUCGAUGGCGAUCAUAUUGAGCUCCAGGAUGACAGGAAGUUUUUCUUGGAAAAAAGGGGUCACCAACUGCAGGCUAAGGAAAGCGGGGCUAUCUGCCAGCUUGUCGUUCAAACGCUUCCAAACUCAGUCAACAUGGGCCGAAAACAUGGAGAAGUUUCUGCUAACCUAAUAUUCCAUGGAACACUUACUGCUGUAAGUGAUCCCAGGAAAGAUGGGAAGCCAGCAGCUGUCUGAUCCGAGAAAGUCUUUUUGUGUAAUACAUACACCAGCAUGGCAUAUCAGUUGCACCCGUAGGGUCCAUUUGUUUUGGGUUAUAGGGGAUGGGAUUGGGUUAAGAUGGAUGUGGAGUCUACUAAUAGUCUGUUUGUUUGCAAAAUGAUGAAGGGGAUUCACAAAACCUUAGGAUUAUGAGAAGCCUCUAUGGAUGGGAUUAGUAGUCUCCAUGGGAUGUUGUAUUAGAAAAACAAUCCCUUGGGAUUAGAGGGAGAUUUACUAUUUUGUCCCUCUAUUAGAUUGCCUAAUUUAUUUACUCUACCUGACAUGUGAGUCCCUUGUGUUAUGAAUGUAACUAAUAACCCGUGCUGGUGUAUGUGUUUCGCAAGGCAGUUUCUCGUAUGAUCCUCAGUUAUUCUCAAAUUGGUACAUAGAAACUACAUAUGGGUCCAUGUAUUGUAAGUGUAUCCUUAGUUAUUCUCAAAUUGGUAUAUCCCAGGGAAGGGUGAUAUAUCUAUGAUAUGGUAUUUGGGUAGAGCUUUAUAAUAAUUUCUACAUUUUGUUCCUCAUCUGUGUAUAUCCAUUUGGUCUUUGGGUGUAAUUAUAAAUUUGUUUUAUGAAAUGUUGAUGCUUGUCUUCACCUUUGGAGAAAA